UUGAGAUAAUUUAUAUUAUCUUAAAUUAUGAUUAUUAUAUAUCCACAAAUAUUACAGAAUAGAUUUUAACUAAUCAGUGGUAUCUUAAACAUUGUUUUGUUGGCUAUUUAAGCAGGUACCGUUACGCCAUGCAAGUUGUUUUAUUUGAUAAUAAAUUUGAAUAUUACAUUGCUAACUAUUAUUAAAUUAGUAAUUUUUGAGCGUUAUUUGUUUUAUGAAGAAAAUUAAAAAUAAUAAUAAUUAAAUGUCUGUACAUUAUAGUUAAAUUAUUAUUACUUUUUAAUAAAUGUGUUUUAAAAUUAUAUAUUUAUGAAAAGCUCCGCAUACCAUGUCAAAAAUGAAUAUAAUUCAGAAAACUGAAAUUAAAAAAAAUGAAAGAGGAAUUUCAUGGUGGAUGGCUCUAUUUGUUUUGACAGUAUUAUCAUUUGGUACUAGGCUAUACAAAGUAGAUAAACCUGAUCAUGUUUGCUGGGAUGAAACUCAUUUUGGAAAAAUGGGAAGUUGGUAUAUUAACAGAACAUUUUUCUUUGAUGUACAUCCUCCAUUGGGAAAAAUGUUAAUAGCUUUUUCUGGAAUACUAACAGGGUAUAAUGGAAGUUUUCCAUUUGAUAAACCUGGAGACAAAUAUGAUGGAGUCAAUUAUCUUGGAAUGCGAGAGUUUUGUUCUAUACUAGGUGCAUCAUUAAUACCGUUUACAUAUAUUUCCAUUUGGGAAAUGACUUAUUCAUUAAAUGCUGCUACUUUAUCAUCGGUUUUUAUUUUGCUUGAUGUUGGGACAUUAACUUUGACUCAAUAUAUAUUACUUGAUCCAAUUUUAUUAUUUUUCAUGUUAGCAUCAUUUGUCAGUAUGUGUAAAUUUCAAUCGUGUUCUUAUAUAGAAUUUAGUUUUUUUUGGUGGUUUUGGUUAAUAUUUACCGGUGUAACAAUGGCAUGUUGUAUAAGUGUCAAAUUUGUUGGAUUAUUUCAAGUAAUUUUUAUUGGGUUAAUGACUAUUACAGAUUUGUGGUCAAUACUUGGAAAUUUAUCAAAACCUAUUAGUUAUACUUUAAAACAUUUUACAGCAAGAUUUAUUUGUCUUAUUAUUUUACCAAUAAUAGUCUACAUUGCAUUUUUCUAUAUACAUUUAACAGUACUUAAUAAAAGUGGUAAUGGAGAUGGAUUUUAUAGCUCAGCUUUCCAAUCAAAAUUGGAGGGAAAUUCAUUGCAUAAUGCUAGUAUGCCAAAAGAUGUUGCAUUUGGAGCAAUAAUUACAUUAAAAAAUUAUAGAACUGGUGGAGGAUAUUUACAUUCACAUUGGCAUCUUUAUCCAGAUAACGUUGGAGCUAAACAACAACAAAUAACAACAUAUGCACACAAAGAUGAAAAUAACCGUUGGUUAAUAAAACCUUAUAAUGAUGAUGAUAGUAUUCACAACAGUUCUGAUGUAAGAUUCCUUAAACAUGGUGAUAUGAUUAGACUUGAACAUGUCCCUACUAAACGAAAUCUCCAUUCUCAUCGUGAACCUGCUCCUAUUACUAAAAAACAUUAUCAAGUUACAGGAUAUGGUGAGAAUGGUACUGGUGAUUAUAAUGAUGUGUGGAAAGUUUUCAUAGAUGGUGGAACUGAUGGUGUUGUAAUAUCUGCUGUUAUAAGUAAAAUUAAAAUAGUCCAUGUACUGCAACACUGUGUACUUACUACCACAAAUAAACAACUACCCAAAUGGGCUUUUGAACAACAUGAAGUAACUUGUAGCCCUAAUUUAAGGGAUGCUAAUUCAUUUUGGAAUGUAGAAGAUAAUAUAAAUGCUAAACUUCCAAAUGUGAGCUUUGAUGUGUAUUCACCUAAUUUCUUAGCUAGAUUUAUAGAAUCUCAUGCUGUUAUGUUUCAAGGAAACUCUGGCUUAAAACCAAAAGAAGGAGAAAUAACUUCUAGACCUUGGCAGUGGCCAAUCAAUUAUAAGGGACAAUUUUUUUCUGGAAAUAACUAUAAAAUUUAUUUGCUUGGAAAUCCAAUUAUUUGGUGGUUAAAUAUUGUAGUCAUGAUAUUGUAUAACUUAAUAGUUAUUUCAAAUGCUAUUUUUAAUAAACGGAAAAAUUUAUCUGGAAGUCAUAAAUUCAAUGGAAAGUUACUUAUUACAUGUAAUUGGCUUUUUAUUGGCUGGUGUUUACACUACAUUCCAUUUUAUGCAAUGGGUAGAGUUCUAUAUUUCCACCAUUAUUUUCCAGCAUUUUUGUACAGCUCUAUGUUAACAGGUGUUACUCUAAGUUAUAUACUGGAAAGUAUAAAAACUUCCAAUCCAACUAUAUUACAAAAAUCCAUUUAUGAUGUGUGUUAUGGAAUAAUUUACUCAUCAGUUUUUUAUAGCUUUUACCUAUUUUCUCCACUUGCUUAUGGUAUAACAGGGCCACCAGCUACAGAAAAAAAUAGUAGUAUGUAUGGUUUACGAUGGUUAGAAUCAUGGGAAUUUUAAUAAUUUAUAACACUUAUUUUUAACUGUGAUAAAAUUAAUAGCUAGGACGACUCUUUAAUCUAAAUAUUUUAAGUUAUAAUUAAUUAUACUUUUAAAACAUUUAUAUUUAACACUUUUUAUCCUAGGUCUUAUAAGUAAUUUCAUAUUAUAAUCAUUAUUUUUUCAUGUUCCACAUUUGUGUUAUAAAUUAAAUUUUAUAUUUUUUUAAAUAAACUUAUUUUCUUAGUUAAUAAA